CAACGUGUCAACAAUGGAGAACUCAAGUCGCAAAUUAAGCGCAGAAGAAUGGGUAUCAUGGACGAUUCCGUAGAGACGCGAACCCCCCCAAACCCAGGCGGAAAGCGAAAAAAGGAACCCGAAAUGUACCCCGCUCCAUUCAUCGUACCCCCCACAACCGCCCAUACACAGACAAUACUCUUCCUCCACGGCCGAGGAAGCAACGGCGAGAAAUUCGGACAAGAACUUUUGGCCUCAAAGACAGCAACCGGUCAAACCAUUCAAGAGCGUUUCCCCGGCAUGAAAUUCAUCUUCCCCACCGCAAAGAAACGUCGUGCGAAAUGGUACAAGCGAGCUUUAAUCAGCCAAUGGUUUGACAAUGUUCCUAUCGAUGAACAAAGCAAAGAAAUGAGUAGGGAGGAGAUUGAGUGGCAAGUCGAGGGUCUGACUGAGACGGCAGAAUUUCUGAACCCGUUGCUUGAUGAGGAGGUGAGGGCUGUGGGGGCCAAGAAUGUGUUUCUUGGGGGUUUGAGCCAGGGAUGUGCGAUGGCGUUGCAUCUAUUGCUUAGUUACCAGCCGAGGGAGGAGGGACGGAAUGGAGAUUGGGGCUCUUUAGGUGGUUUUGUUGGGAUGAGUGGGUGGCUGCCUUUUGCUGAGGAUAUUCGGGGCUUAAUUCGGUCGGAGGACAUGAUUGAAAAGGCUGGGGAAGACGAGGAAGAUGAUGACCCCUUUGCCACUUCUGACGAUGAAGGGGACAGCGCUGUUUUCGAAUCACACAGAUGUCAGCUCUCUCUGUCAAUGCAAGUAUGCAAUUUUGUUCGUGAGAACAUAGAGAUGUCACCAUUGGAGUCAAUAGAGCCUCUUUGUUUGAAGACUCCGGUAUUUCUUGGUCAUGGAAAGAAAGACGAGAAAGUUAAGAUUGCUCUGGGACUCGACAUAGUGAUGAUACUGAGAGUAAUAGGGAUGCAAGUCAGGUGGGAAGAGUAUGACGAGGGUCAUUGGUACAAAGUCCCUGAACAGAUUGAUGAUCUUGUUGAUUUCUUGGAGACAUGCGCAGGCUCUGCUAUUUAACAUGCUUCCCAUCUAUUAUGGUCUCUGAAACCAAGCCAAUAAGUCUAUCGUAUACAUGAAAUGCAGUCCAUACAGUCCGCUUUCGUACCCACGGUUCGUAGUUACCCACAAUUUACAUCUUAUACUAA